AAAGCCAUACUUCUACAAUCAUCCGUGAUCAAGAUAUCUAAAAAUUUUUUGACAAAACGAACAAUGAAGGGUUAUUUCAUUUUUACACUUUUGGUUCUUCUCGCUAUUGGCACUGAACUUGCUUUUGGAGACUGCCUGUCAGGAAAUUAUGGAGGACCAUGUGCUGUAUGGGACAACGAAACCUGUCGCAGAGUCUGUAAAGGAGAAGGACGAGUAAGUGGACAUUGCAGCGCUAGCUUAAAAUGUUGGUGUGAGGGAUGCUGAUCAAUUGUGAUCAAAGACAAAAUACAAACUAUGGCAGUGGGAAUAUUAAGAUUUUUUUAAAUUUUUUAUUGUAAUUAAAUAAUAAAAUUAUACUUGAGUUUAAACAA